AUGCGGACCUGCCUGCUGCUGCUGGCCACGCUCCUGGUCCCCGUGGCCCCGGUCCCCGCGGCCCCGGCCCGGAGCAGCAGGUACGCGGUGGACUGCCCGCAGCGCUGCGACGACGCCCGGUGCGCCAGCGGCCUGCGCUGCCCGAGGACGGUGCUGGACGACUGUGGCUGCUGCCGCGUCUGCGCGGCCGGGCGUGGGAACACCUGCUACCGCACCGUCGUGGGCAUGGACGGCGUGAAGUGCGGCCCGGGGCUGCGCUGCCAGUUCCACAGCGAGGAGGAUGCUUUCGGGGACGAGUACGGGGUCUGCAGAGACUGCCCCUUCGGCACCUUCGGGAUGGACUGCAGGGAGACGUGCCGCUGUCCGCUGGGCGUGUGCGACCGGGUGACCGGGAGGUGCCUGCAGCUCCCCUUCUUCCAGCGCGCAGCCGCCGGGGCCUCCGACAGAGGCGCUGCCCGCGCAGAGCCUGACGCGGGGUCUGGCGACGGCAACGCUGUGACGCGGGACCUCCGGAGCCAGCACGCCGCCCGCUCUCCCGGCACCAAGUGGUUAGAGCCACGCUGA